UGCAUCAAAUGUUAUGUUAUACACCUCGCAUUACAAAAUAAUAUACUACAACAAAGGAUCUUGAGAGCACUAAGAAGGAAACCAAGCCAUACUCUCUCCAUCAUUUCACCAUCCAACCACCCUUUGACAACCUUAUUCAACUGCACUCCAUAAAAUUUCCAAACUUCUUGAAGUUUUGUGAUCAAACGAGAUACUUGGAUGCUAAACUGAAAGAAACAAGACUACUUCAUACUGAGGAUUCAAACACUUUUGAGUACUACUCUCCACAAUGUCGAAUGAUAACCAAGUCUACAAGAAGUCGAAAUCCGAAAGGAAACGCGAUGAUUGGAUAAUUUCGAUUAACGACACACUAGCUAUGGUGGAAAAGCAUUCAAAUUUGAGUAUAUAUAAAGUUCCGAAUAAACUUUUAAAACUCAAGGAAGAUGCCUAUACACCUAGUAUUGUGUCCAUCGGACCUUUUCAUCAUAACAACAAAGCGAUGCAAGCUUUUGCAGAGCACAAAUGGCGAUACAUGCUACAUCUUUUUAUGAGAAUUUCUCAAGCUGCAGAAUCUGAUUCUACCCACCAGAAGUGUGCCGCUGAAAUAUUAAAAUUGCAAGGAGAAGCUCGAAGAUGCUAUUCAAACAAAAUAGGCUUGGACGAGUACAAGUUAGCUGAAAUAUUGCUAGUCGAUGGCUGCUUCUUACUCGAACUGUUUUUGAAAUAUUCAGAGAACCAUGAGGAGGACAAAGUUGAGGACCCCCUUAUCAAUAAUGAUCGGACUAUUGCAACUCUUCAACAUGAUUUGGCAUUACUUGAGAACCAGAUUCCAUUUUCUGUCCUGGAGACUCUGUUCGACAUUAUGAAAGACCAUGUGCCACAACCAUUAUUUACCGAGCAUAAUGUGGCCACUUUAGCAUUACACUUUUUCAAAUCGGCUUUGGGUUUGAGAGACGAAGCAAUUCGAAGUAAAUCCUCGAAACUCUCUGGUAAGCAUUUACUUGAUAUCUUGCACAAAUUUUACCUCCACGCGUCUCUCAAAAGGCGUAAAAUUUUGCACAAAUCUCACCUUCCCAUUUCUGACAUAACCCCCUAUGAUGAUGAUGAUCGUCAACGCUUGCUAAUAAAUGGAUUUGAAAACUGCGCCACACAACUUUUGAAGACAGGAAUUCAAUUCCAAGGCAAAACCGACACCACCCCAGAAGAAAAUUUCCUAGACAUAGAGUUCACAACUGAAGUUGUUAAAAUGCCACUAUUAGAGAUACGUGAAGCUACAGAAUCAAUCUUCCGAAAUCUGAUUGUUUUUGAGCAAUGCAGCAUUGACACCUCACAUUGCAUUACAUCAUAUAUCUUCCUUAUGAGGAGUCUCCUUAAUUCCUCGCACGAUGCUGAAAUUCUUCAUCACAGAAAGAUCAUAGGAUAUGAUUUGAGUGGGGGUGGGAGUCGCAGUCAUGAAGAUGUUGCGACUCUCUUCAAAUCUAUGUGUGAUGGAGUUGUUUUGAAGGAUUUUUGUUUUUCCGAUUUGUGUACCAAUGUUAACAAGUACUCUAGGUCUUGGUUGGACUGGCGCAGACUUAGAGCGAUAGUGAAGGUGAAGUGGCGUGAAUAUAUGAUAGCAUUGCCGCGUGAUUAUUUCACCAAUCCAUGGACUACCAUUUCUGUCAUUGCUGCAAUUGUGCUUCUCGGCUUCACUGCCCUGCAAACAUAUUACACUGUCCGAUCUUAUUAUCCUCACUAAUUUCAAAUUUAUUCAUGGAAAGCCAUUGACAAUGAUUUGGGAAGAGAGGAUUUUGACAGCCAAUAAUGCUAAGAUUACUAUCUCUUCUUAGCAUUAUUGUUUUGACCACAGAUCGAUUUGGCAAGGUGCAGUUAAAUUUAAAAUAUGUUUUCAGUCGUUUUAAUCAAUAAUGUGAUUUGUAGUUUUUAUUUUAUUUUUUAGAAAUGUACUUUUCACUAUUUGGACUUUGUAAGGUGUGUUGAAAGUAUUCAACAAUUUAAUAAGAGUCUUAAAUAAAGUAUUUUUCUUAAUAA